AUUACAUGCGCUCUUACUAUUGGAUGAGACACUUCUGCCAUUUGUUUAGGAGGUAUGCAUUACGAUUUCCCCUUCAGUUGACACGAGGUUAUACAGACAUUCACAAACAGAUCUUCGUGAUGUCGCAGGAAGAGGGGAAAAAUCGUAAUAAAGUGUACAAAGUCGUGCUCACAGGGGGGCCAUGUGGGGGGAAAACCACAGGACAGGCCCGCCUCAGCUCAUUUUUUGAGAGCAUGAACUGGAAGGUCUACAGAUUGCCAGAAACAGCAUAUAUAUUCCUAAGUGGUGGUGUGAAAUUUACAAGUCUCACCAAAGAAGAAGCAUACCAGCUACAGGAGAACAUAAUUAAAACAAUGACACAGAUUGAGGACACAUUUUUUGAACUUGGCAACACUUGUGAACAGAAUUGCCUUUUUAUCUGUGACAGGGGCCUCAUGGAUGCCUCAGCUUAUUUAAAUGCUGAUGACUGGGAGAAGAUGAAGGAAAAGAAUGGUUGGAAUUCUGUGCAGCUCCGUGACAACCGGUACAACCAGAUCAUACACAUGGUGUCGGCAGCCAAUGGUGCGGAGGCUUUCUACACAGUGGAUGGACACAAUACUCGUCACGAAGGCCUGGAUGUGGCUUGUAAACUGGAUGAAAUGACUGCAGCAGCCUGGGUUGGUCAUCCUUAUUAUGAUGUCAUUGACAAUAGCACAGGGUUUGAAGAGAAGAUCAACAGAAUGAUUGCAACGGUGUGCAGUAGGCUAGGUAUUGAAGUCAAAGACAGGUUAAGUUCAGAAAGCAAAAAGAGAAAAUUCUUGGUCAGAUCUCUGGCAGAGGACUCGAAAUUUCCUGGCUUCCAAGACUUUGAUGUACAGCAUUACUAUUUGUCUAGUCCCAGCAGAAAAACUCAAGCCAGGAUACGCAGACGGGGCCAAAAUGGUUAUUGGACAUACACUCACACCAUGAGAAGACAAGUUCAAGAUGCCAUGGCAGAAAUCCGCAUGUCGAUCUCAGAAAAAGACUUCAAUAUUCUGUAUGAACAAAGAGACACCAAGAGAUGGCCUAUUUACAAGAAAAGGAGAUGCUUCCUUUGGAACAACCAGUAUUUCCAUCUAGACAUAUACAAAGAGCCAAGUCCUGACAGAUGUAAAGGUCUCAUGAUUCUGGAAACAUACACAGCUCUGAAAGGAGAUGAUCUGGCUCUACCUGAAUUCCUGGACAUUGAACGUGAAGUGACUGGUCUUAAUGAAUACUCCAUGUAUAAUCUGUCACUCAAAGAAGAAUAAGCCAAGCCUCUGGUUUUUUAAGACAUAUAUAUCUAGUGUGUCCCUCUCCAAGACUCACAUAUUUAUCUCUGUAUGUCCAGUCAUAUGUGUGUUCCUACAUUAGAAUCUAACUAGCAUCUCUGUGUGUUCUUACAUUAGAGUCUGACUAGCCGGUGCAGAUUUGUGUAUUAGUUGAUCGGCUUGUUGUGAGUUGUUGUAAUGUGUUCGAUAGGUUUUAUACAGCUGGCUACAUAUCCUGAUACAGAGGGUACAUGAACCAAUUGUCUCAGUCAAUUCAAUACAAAAAUGAAAUUAGGCAGUGUGUUUUGUUGUACAUGUACCAUUAUAUAUUUUUUUACUCUUUUGUUUGUAUAAUUUUUUUGUAUCAUAACUCAUUUUUGAGUUGUAUAGUGUGGUCUGUUGCUUGUAUUGCAGAACUGAUAUCUCAACAAAUUAUUUGGUCAUGAAUGCUCCAGUGGUAGUAUAUAAAAUGUUUAGGAUAAUGAAUAUCAUACCAAUGUCAAGUGUGUUCACUUAUGGCUUGUUUUUUGUUGCUUACAGUGUAUUUUAAUAUUGGUUAACAAACUAUUGUAGAGAAUCUCAGAUGAAUGCUGUCAUGCUGUGUAUAAAUAUGAUGCCUUUUUUAAAAUAUUUUUUUAGGCUUAUAAGAUUUUAACUCGAGGGAAUGAAAUUUGAACAUUCCAGCUUUUGUGUUUAUGUAUAAUCAGGGGAUGGGAGCAUUCAGCAGCAAAAGUUUUAUAGGA